GCGGUGGUGCACUUCUGGGCCGCCUGGUGCGAGCCCUGCAAGUUCCUGGACAGUGUACUAGCGCAGCUGGCAGCGGAUUCGCCGUCGGUGGCAGUGGUGCGCGUGGAGGCUGAGGAGGCUGCGGACAUCUCGGAGCAGUACAGCGUGUCUGUAGUGCCUUACUUCCUAUUCUUCCGUGACGGCAAGGUGGUGGACAGCCUAGAGGGGGCAGACGCAGCGGCGCUGUCGUCCAAGUUUGCAGCUCUUGCGGGCGUCGGCGGUGCGGUAGCGAACGGCGGCGGCGCUACGGCGUCACCAGCAGCGGCGGCAGCCCCACCCAGCUACGUGCAGCCAUCCAUUAGCGGCACGUGCCGUGCUGCGCCUGCCCUUGUCGAUGCGCCUGCAGGCCAGGGCGACCUGCAGGAGCGGCUGAAGCAGCUAGUCAGCCAGAAGCCGGUUAUGCUGUUCAUGAAGGGCACCCCGGACGCCCCGCGCUGCGGCUUCAGCCGCAAGGUGGUGGAGGCGCUGCAGCAGUGCGGCGCCGACUUUGGGACGUUUGACAUCCUCUCGGACGAGGGCGUGCGGCAGGGGCUCAAGGAGUUCUCGCAGUGGCCCACCUACCCGCAGCUGUACGUCGCCGGCGAGCUGCUGGGCGGCUGCGACAUUGUGCUGGAGAUGGCUGAGGCCGGGGAGCUGGGGCAGGAGCUGGCCAAGGCGGGGGCCGGCGGCAAGGACGCGCAGCGGCAGCACCUGGAGGGACUCGUCCGGCAGCAGCCCGUCAUGCUGUUCAUGAAGGGCACCCCCGACGCCCCGCGCUGCGGCUUCAGCCGCAAGGUGGUGGAGGCGCUGCGGGCUGCGGGGGAGGAGUUUGGGUCAUUUGACAUCCUGUCGGACGAGGGCGUGCGGCAGGGGCUCAAGGAGCUCAGCAACUGGCCCACCUACCCGCAGGUGUAUGUCCAGGGCGAGCUGCUGGGCGGGUGCGACAUUGUGCUGGAGAUGGCUGAGGCCGGGGAGCUCAAGGAGACGAUCGACGAGAUGAAGGCACGCAUGUGA